AUGACUGAUGAAUUACAAGCUUAUCAAAUUGAAAUCGAAACUUACGAAUCAGUGAUCCCAGAAUUAGAGAAAAUAUGGAAAAAUGUUGGAGAAAAUGUAAAUCUUGGACCUCGGUGUUACAAAAUUUAUCGACAUCCAACUGAUAUCAUUGUUUUAGAAGAUCUUAAACAUGCAGGUUUUCAAGUAGCUGAUAGACAUAGUGUUCUAAAAAUGGAUGAAAUUGAUCUUGUUUUACAAUGGUUAGCUAAAUUUCAUGCUGCAUCAGUAGUUUAUGUGCAAAAGAAUGGUCCUCUUAGCAAAACUUUCAACAAAGGCAUGUUUUCAAAGGAGCAUAUUGGAAAAUCUUGGGGUACUCAUUACAAUCAGCUAUAUAAGACUUUCAGAAUGUUUAAAUGGGAUGAAAAAAUUACAGCUAAACUUGACAAAUUUGGAGAUUCUAUUUAUGAAAAAUGCUGCGAAGCCAUGGAAGUUGAUGAAAAAGAUUUAAAUGUCUUAAAUCACGGAGAUAUUUGGAUAUUAAAUAUUUUAUUUGCUGAAAGGGAUUCAAAAAAAGAUAUAAAUGUGAUUGACUUUCAAUUUGCAUCUUGGGGAUCUCCUGUUCAAGAUUUGUGGUUUUUAAUUUCAACUUCAAUGAAUAUUGAUGAUCGGAUCCAAAAUUUAAAGAAAAUAGUUAAUGAUUAUCAUAAAUACUUGGUUCAAAAUCUUAAAAAAUUGAACUAUUCAGGACAUAUUCCUACUGAGGAAGAAUUUUAUUCAAAUUUUAUUAAACGUGGAAUAAUUGCUUUGGGAAUUACAAUCGAAAGCUUUGCUGCUAUUUGUAUUGAUAAGGGAUUACAAAUUGACUUUGAAACUGUGAAACGUGAAGAUCCCGAAGCAAUUGAAAUUCGUAAAAAAAUAUUUAUGAAUGAUAGAUUUAUGAAAACAGCUGAAAAAUAUUUGAAAUUUUUAGAUGAAUUGGGAAUUUUUGAUAACUGA